AUGACACCCGAGGCACGCCGCCAGGUGGAGGAGGCAAUGUUGAUAAAGGAUGAAUUGAUUGGAUCCUCAGUCAUAACCCUUGCCAAAAAUCUUUACAAAAGCAGUGCGAGAUUUGUUUUCGAGCUAUUGCAAAAUGCAGACGAUAAUUCAUAUACCAGAGCUAAAACUUCGUCUACGGAUCCCUAUGUGUCUUUUCAUGUCUACAAUCGUCGAAUUGUAGUAGAAUCCAACGAAGAUGGCUUCGCAUACCAGAACCUAGUUGCUAUUUGCAAUGUUGGAAAAAGUUCAAAAACCGGCGCACAAGGUUAUAUCGGAGAGAAAGGUAUCGGGUUCAAAUCCGUUUUCAUGGUGGCAUGGAAGGCAGUUAUCCAAUCUGGGGACCUUUCUUUUUGUUUCCAACAUAGAAAAGGUGACUCCGGAAUGGGAAUGAUAUCCCCAAUCUGGGAAGAUGUCGAGGACGUCGUGCCUAGCCAUAUGACUCGCAUCACUCUUUUCCUCCAUGGCUCCAUUUUAGACGACGACAUGGAAACAACACUUCGACAGUUUCAAGAAAUUGAGUCAACCUUUCUUCUUUUCAUGAAAAACCUCAAAAAAAUAUACGUCACCAUGUAUGAUGAGAAUGAUGAACAGCAUAGUUGUGCUAUCUAUUCCAUAAACCACCAGUCAGGGACUUUGGUUGACCUAAAGAGUGAGAUACUGAAGAACGGGGAAACCGAGGUGCACUCAAAACACUAUCAUCUCACAAAGGGUAUUGCGCAUGGCCUUCCUAUGAGUGACAAUCGGAAAUAUACAGACGACGAUAUCUCUCGAGGAGCAUACAAAACCGCCGAAAUCGUCCUAGCAUAUCCCUUGGAUGACAGGUCUAUUCCAAUUAUACAACCGCAGCACUUUUUGAUACACACAGAUUUUGAUACAGACGCUAGUAGGCAAGACAUUUUGAAGUCUUCAGCUCGCAAUAUUCGUCUUCUCGAUGGUAUUGCCGAAACUUUUAUCAAAGCUACUUUGCAAUUCUGUAAACACUCAACCCUUCGCUACCAAUGGAUGCGAUAUCUUCCCCAAGAAUCCGACUAUCCCUGGGAUGACUUUUGGGGAAAGUUACUUGAAAAAAUCAAUCUCAGUUUGCAAGAAACGCCAGUGCUGUGGACCCGAAGUCACAAUAGCUUGCACCGGAUCCAGGCUAUACGACGCCUCAGACACGACAUGCUUGAUGAGGAAGGCAAUCCCUUAUUUCCUGACUCCACUCCAGAGCGCUAUUUGGCGGCUGAGUAUUCGAUCACAGAUUUAAAAAGAUUGAAAAGUUACGGGCUUACAAGUAUGCAAGUGAAAGCGUUUCUUGAGAAAGUUCGCUUAGAUCUUGACAUGGAUAGUGACUCUUAUGUCAAAGCCUCGUCAACAGAUGAAGGUUGGCACUCUCGCUUGGCAAAGUUUUUGAUUUCUGCUGGGAAAGAUUAUCCAUUCACUGUUCAGACUCUUGGUAUAGUCCCGUUAGUUGAGGGUAUAUGGACACGAUCCCGAAAUAUUUCGAUUUAUUACUCCCACGCUAAGGGGUACCCAAUACCAACUGAUUUAGGCUUGAACUUGGUAGAUCCCCAAGCAGAAAAGAAUCCUCAAAGAAAGCAGCUUUUUGAUUCUCUUGGCGUUGAAAAUUCAAAAAUCUCCGACAUCCGAAACUUGAUAUUGGACAAAUAUCGCUACACUUCGAUUACUGUUCAAGACUUAGCGACGUCUCGAAACCACUUGAAUUUUCUCUACCUGACUAUGCACCUUGACAUGGCGCCCCGAAAUGAUAUGGUCUAUUUUUCUGAUGAUAAGCCAUAUGGUGCUUGGGAUCUUUUCCAGGCUGUUGGUUGCGAUACCAUAUCUCAACGAGUAGAUCCAGGAUUCGACGUAUCAUUCAUACAUGAUGAAUAUAUGGAAAAUCCUCCUAGCCAGCCAGAAGGUGAACAUCGGAGUUGGAGAACAUGGCUAAGAGAUUUCUUGCAUGUCCGCAAUUUCAUACCACUUUUCACUAAUAAUGGGCUUUCCACCCCGGAUUAUCAUCUAAGUGGCGAAUGCCUCUAUGUGGCCAAACAUCGUCCCGAAAAGUUCAUAGGGUUUCUUCUCGAAAACUGGAAAGAAAGUGACAGCGAGGAGCUUCACAAAACUCCGGGACCAGCAACAGAUUUGUUGCAGCUUGAAGUUCUUUGUGAGGAUGGUACCAGGUAUCCACUUAGCGAGACAUAUCUGCCAAUAGAUGAGCACAAACACGCGAAAAAAUUCUUAGAUGAUACCGACUUCUUCCCAUGGCUUCGUAUAGAAGAUUCUUUGAACAAUGAGGCAAACCUGUCUAAAUUACGGGUGCUAGCAACGAGGUUUGGUUUUGGAUACCCCAAAUCAGACGUCGAAUUCUAUCUUCGAAUACUUUUAUAUGUUUACCUUUCAGACAUUGAUGCAACGGACGUUAACAGAGAGACGAGAAUCUAUGAGCUAUACAGUCGAAUUGAGGCUCGGUACCGUGAGUCUGUGGAUCGAGAUAGUUGCCGUCGACAAGUAAAACAUGCUUUUCUUUCAUCAUUAAUAUACGUUCCUGCAAUCGGCUCUCAGGCAGCUUGCUGGGCUGAACCUGAAAAAUGCCUGUGGGACGCCCCUGUUCAUAUGCGAACCAAGUUUUCUCUCCAACCACGCUAUGAGAAUGUUCAGAACAAUUCUUACGUCAAAUAUCUGUUUUGUAAAAUUAUCGAAAUUCCGGAUGCGAAUGUAGACGACCUAAUAGAAGAGUUGAGGAAUAUACAAGACAUUGAAACCCCUGAUUUCGAUCACAUCUCCAACAUCUACGGAGAGAUUCAUACUAUGGCGGCAAACAUGGACAAUUCUGAGUGCGAUAGACUUCGGAAGGAAUUCGAAACUAAGAAACUCAUAUACGUUUCUGCUGAUGAGAGCACUACAUGUGGAUGGUAUUCUGUUUCUGAGUGCCUGUGGUCCACGACGACUGGGAUUAAGGGAAUGACAACUAUCAGUGAGCAAUAUGAAGAAAUGUUUGACUUUUUUGUCGAAUAUCUGGGUGUCCCUACCUUGACACUAGAGAUGGUAGUUGAUAAACUAGCACACCAAGGAGCAGAAGAGACUUCCGUCAAAGACAUUAAAGACACAAUUUGGAGACUCAACGCUCUUCUUCAAAAGGAAGAUAAACAUCCCAGCUCUGACCGAAUCUUGAAAAGAACGGUGUUUCCCGUCAGAUAUCCUGGCGAAGGCGUUGGUUUGUGUUCUUCGGAAACAGACUUUGCUAUCGCAGAUCGUGAACACCUCUCAGGUUUGUUUUCUGGUGAAUCUAAGACUUUAGAUUUUGAGGUCAACGAUAUAAUACGACUGGGACCAUUUCUCCGGUGGACUAACUUGGAAAGUCGCUAUUUGUCAUGUUGUGUGAAAGAACUAUCUGCCCUAUGCAGUGGUGAUAGCCAAAAAUUGGUCGCGCAUGAUCGAGACAUAGCUCCUAAAGCACACGGUCUACUUCGAAUUGCAGUGCACUUUGGAAGUCCUCGAGUUCGGAGUGGCGAACAACCUUUUUAUGAUGAACUCCAAAAGAUCGAAGUCCAUGAAACCGAUGGCAUAAGUUCCCAACUUCACCUCAGCCAAGAUGGAAAGGUCAUCAAAGUUGACUUGAGUAGUAGCGAGCUACAUCUCCAGGAUCACAAAGAUGGACUGAAAAUUUAUGUUCUACGCGACGAGGAGAUUCAGUACCAAUGCUUUCUGGACAGAAUGCCCAAAGCCCUUUUAGAAUGGAUCAUGACAAACCCAAAAACUGGUAUCUGCGAAAGAUUUAACGACAAAGCUAUAAAUGUAAUAAGCACAGUUAUACAAGCCCAAAACAAGUUUAUAUCGAUGGCUAUGACUCGAGCUGGAAUUAUGUCUGUCGAAACACCUGACAACUCGGUGAAUGAUGAGCAGAAUGAAACUCCAACCCCCCUUUCACGACCAACUGAAGAGGGCGAUAAUUCGACAGAAUCCGAGGGUGAUUCUGACUGGGACAGAGAUACUUUGGUUCAGGACAUACGGCAUCCAAGCUCGCAUGACGACCUAGUCGGUGUCUCAAAUGAGGAAAGUGAAACCUAUACGACGACUGCAAGAUCAGAGUCUAGUUCCUCACGAGCCCUAAACCCCCUAACAAUAACUCCACAGCGAGGGAUCGCAAGUUCUCACAUUCCAUCACCGCUCAGUGUUGCUCAGUCAGGCCAGGUUGACCUGGAGUACCUCAGAAUUCUCAGUAGUGUUGUUACCGCUGCAAGAAGAGCCUUGUUCCCAAGUAGAGGCAUAUUUGAUAUGGAAGCACUCGCCCGCAGCCUGCCUACCGUCUUGCCUGAAAAUAAUGGCGAAUAUUUCGGCCUUCGUUCAUCAGAAAAGAUUGAGCGAGACAAGAAAAUCGGUGCAGCAGGGGAACUUUACGUGUUUGAGGUCUUGUCUCGUUUGACGCCUGCCUUACCGGGUUUCUCUCGCAGUAAUUGGGAAAGUAAUAUUCGUAAAUAUGUGACAAUUCACCACGAUUAUACGACCCUCGAUUCUUGGUCCGGGAUAGAAACGGCAGAUAUCACGUAUUACGACAGUGAGAGUAUUCUCACAAAUUUCCUUGUGGAUAAAGGUUAUUUAAAUGGCUCAGAGUGGUCCGGCAAACGGCCGCGGUACUUUUUGGAAGUGAAAUCCACGAUUGGGCCCUGCGAAAAUGCCUUCUUUAUGAGCGGAUCUCAAUAUGAACUGAUGCAAGCAAAUUCUAAUGGCCCUAGUAGGUCAGGACAACAGAAUUCGAUAUACAUAAUAUUUCGGGUCUUCAAUGUGGGCAAAGAUUCAGCACAAAUGAAGGUUUACGUUGACCCUGAGGCUAUGAGAGAGAGGAACGAGUUGCGUUUCACAGCAAAAGCUUGGUCUAUCGUCCCAGGAUCUUCUCAGAUCCGAGAGCCUAUCAAUUGA